UAUAAGGUAAGGGUGUGGAAUGGUUGGCUUGUUGGUAGAAGAAAUUGGGCGUGUGGGAGUUGUUGAAUCGGGAAGCAAAAAAAAUGAGAAUCCAUCACAUAGCAUGCCUCCAAGACAAUUAUUCCUAUCUGAUCGUAGACGAGAGCACGAAGGAAGCCGCGGCGGUGGACCCGGUCGAACCGGAGAAGGUUCUUGAAGUUGCCAGCUCGCACGGCCUCACUCUCAAAUUCGUCCUCACCACCCACCAUCACUGGGAUCAUGCUGGUGGAAACGACAAGAUAAAGCAGCUGGUGCCAGGAAUCAAAGUCUAUGGUGGUUCCAUUGAAAACGUCAAGGGUUGCACUGACAAAGUUGAAAACGGUGAUAAGGUCUCUCUUGGAGCUGAAAUCACUAUAUUGGCCCUUCACACUCCUUGCCACACACAAGGUCAUAUAAGUUACUAUGUUACUGGCAAAGAGGAUGAGCAACCGGCUGUUUUUACUGGAGAUACAUUGUUUAUUGCUAGUUGUGGGAAAUUUUUUGAAGGAACUGCAGAACAGAUGUAUCAGUCACUUAAUGUAACACUCGCUUCAUUACCAAAGUCAACUCGAGUAUACUGUGGCCAUGAGUACUCAGUGAACAACUUGCAAUUUGCUCUGACACUUGAGCCAGACAAUUUGAGGAUACAACAAAAAUUAACCUGGGCUCGGAAUCAACGACAAGCUGGCCAAGCAACAAUUCCCUCAACCAUUGAGGAUGAGUUGGAGACCAAUCCCUUUAUGAGGGUUGAUCUACCUGAGAUCCAGGAGAGGGUGGGCUGCAAGUCACCUGUUGAAGCAUUAGGAGAGAUAAGGAAGCAGAAAGACAAUUGGAGAGGCUAAUGAAACUAGCAUUCUCAUUUGUUGAUAUUUCAUUUUCCUUUUCUGUUUUAUUCAUAUGAAUAAGGCCUUUAUGUAGAUACUGUAACAAUAUGUUUUGCCUGAAACUUAAAUGACAGAGUCAGAGGCUUGUCAAGUUAGGGGCAUGGGUUGUGAUUGGCAUUGUCGCCUAUAUGCAUUUUAUGUUGGUUUUCCAAAUACUAAGAUGGUCUAUUUCAUACAUGUCAUUUACUUGUGAACUUGUAAUCAAUUAUUUUCUCCUUUCUAUUUCUGUUUGCAA